GCAUCCAGGUACACACACACACACACACACACAGGCACACCCACACAGCCACUGGCACCAUCCAUGGGCAUACUGGUGACAGUUCUCUGCUGAAGAAAAACAUAGACCCAGAACUCUCUCUUUCUCUGUCUCUCUCCCUCACACUAUCUCUCUCUCUCUGUUUCUCUCAUUCUCUCACUCUCUCCCUCCUCUCUCUCUCUCCCACACUCCCUCUCCGUCUAACACACACAUAAACCCACAUGAAAAGGGCAGCCUAUCCAAAUGUCUUUGUUUUUCAUUCUUUCUGCCUGGACAGCGACAGAUGGGGCCCCCAGCGUGUUCUUAGACAGAGCCCACCUAGGAAUGAUCUCACAUCAAUCUGCCAUGAACGAAGCAGUGACUGUAGCUGCUGAAUAGCGGAAUUUGUCGAUACACUCUUGGUCUGCUGCAUUGACAGAGGUUAUCCAGUUCAAUUAUUAUCUUCGAUCGCGAUAUAUUGAGAUUUAUCUUGAGUGGUCCGACAUUAACCUGGACGGUUGUGCUCUCAUGUGUCAGCAAGUGUAAAAUCUCGGUGUCGGGCGAAGUUUUCAUACCGGUAGGCGGGUCAUAACCACUGAGUGCGUGACAAGCGGAGUUCACCGUUAAACUGUUGCGGGGUUGCUCUGUGAAACACCGACUUCCAUCCACGGACAAGCGGAAAAGUGAGGAGGUCGUGUCUGGGGCUGCCGGUCCCAGAGAGAGUGCUCCGCCAUGGGGAAGGAUUACUACAAGACCCUGGGCAUCCCCAAGGGCUCCAACGAGGAGGAGAUCAAGAAGGCGUACCGCCGCAUGGCCCUGAGGUUCCACCCGGACAAGAACACGGACGCCAACGCCGAGGACAAGUUCAAGGAGGUCGCCGAGGCCUACGAAGUCCUCAGCGACCCCAAGAAGAGGGUCAUCUACGACCAGCUUGGGGAGGAAGGUCUAAAGACAGGCGGUAGUGGCUCGUCCGGUGGCCCCGGGAGCUCCUCCUACCACUACACCUUCCACGGCGACCCCCACGCCACCUUCGCCUCCUUCUUCGGCGGAUCCAACCCCUUCGACAUGUUCUUCGGCUCCAACCGCAACCACAACCGCUCCAACGGCUUCUCCUUCCACGACCACAACCACCACGACCAGGAGGCGGACCAGGACAUGGAGGACGAGGACCCCUUCGCCCAGUUCGGACGCUUCGGCUUCCCGCCCGGCAUGAACGGCUUCCCCGGGGGAGGCGGCGGCGGAGGAGGGGGCGGGCGGAGGAAGGGGGCGCCGUCGGAGCGCCUGGGAGGGGGCCGCAGCCGGCAGCAGGACCCCCCCGUGGUCCACGAGCUGAAGGUCUCCCUGGAGGAGAUCUUCCACGGCUGCACCAAGAGGAUGAAGAUCACCCGGCGCCGGCUGAAUCCGGACGGCAGGGGCAUGAGGACCGAGGACAAGAUCCUCAACAUCGUCAUCAAGAGGGGCUGGAAGGAGGGGACCAAGAUCACCUUCCCCAAGGAGGGCGACGAGACGCCCGAGAACAUUCCGGCAGACAUUGCCUUCGUGCUGAAGGACAAGGGCCACGCCCACUUUAGGAGGGACGGCUCGAACAUCAUCUACAUCUGCAAGAUCAACCUGAAGGAGGCUCUGUGUGGCUGCACGGUCAACAUUCCGACGCUGGACAACCGUGUCAUCCCGCUGCCCUGUCACGACAUCAUCAAGCCGGGCACGGUGAAGCGUCUGCGAGGGGAGGGGCUUCCGUUUCCCAAGAGCCCGUCGCAGCGCGGCGACCUCGUGGUGGAGUUCUCCGUCCACUUCCCUGACCGCAUCCCGCCACAGUCCCGGGAGAUCAUCAGACAGCACCUGCCCCAGUCGUAGGGGGCCGUCAGACGUUAGGGGCCCCCGACUCCCACCCCCCCCCCGCCCCCCUCACACGCACACACCACACGCACCCCACACACAGCCCUCCCCGACCCCUCUCCACCCCUCUCCCGGGCGGUUAGACAGCACUCUGUCGAUACCGCCACCCUCGUCCACCAGCAUCCUCCUUCACCCCUUCCCCCCCUGUCCUCCCGACAAACCACCCCCCUCCCCCUCCCCCCGUGGGGACUGCUCACAGGAGACUGAAGUGCCGAGAGAAACUGACCUGACGUUUUUGUUGUUUUUCUUCCCCCCUCAUCUUUUCUUUUGUUUGUGUGUUCAGGACUGUGUUUGUAUCCUGUGUCGCUCUGCUCCAGCGUGAGCUUGACCUUCCCCCGACGCUCCUUUCAUCAAAGGGUUUCAUAAAUCCUCCUGCCACCAAUUACUCCCCCCCACCCCCCCCCCAACUUCCCCCGUUCUGCUUUGUCCUCAUUGGACGAAGGGGAUGACUCACUCGUCUUUUUUUUAAUUUCCGGGUGUUUCCCCCCCCGCUGGGAGGUUUGAAACCGGAUUGAUUCCCGUCUCCGCCUCCUCCGGCCGAGCCAGCGUCCGUGCGCCCUGUCUGACUAACCGCCAUCCGUCACGCCCCCAGAGGUCAUGUGACCCAGGUGGUCACCGCUCAUCUUCUCCCCACAUGGUUUGGAGCUUCGAGGACUGUAUUCUACGAAGGUGGCCAUGCCUGGUCAGAUGAUGUGAGGUAUACAGUAAACACACAACAUGACUCUCUGUCUGAACAGGAGAGUUGGUGCACACUUUAGUCCUAAAACUACGACUCUGUUUAACAUGGUUUCAACGUGGUUGGGACAAUAAAGUCAUAAUUGCAAUUUUUUGGCCGUACACUCAAGGCAUCUGAAAACACUAUUAAAAGCUGAAUGUGAGGCUUAAAAGGGGGUAUGGAAUUCAAAAAAUACUAUUCAAUCUUAGUUGGUAAAACAUGUGUCGAAACAGACAGAAAUAAAAGGUGACAUUCUGUUCGAAUCAUAUUUUCAUGUGCCUUUAUUGUACAGCUAAAAGGGUCAUUUUGUCUUAACUGUCCCAACACUUGUUUGGGGCACUUUGGCUCUGGAGCUGAUAACAUCUUAAACAAUCUCAGACCGGUCCGACCACUAGGUAAUCCAGGUGUCCAGGGCGUUCUAACUGAAUCCAGGUGUCGGUUAUCUAGGUGCUUUCUGUAUAAUCCACAUGAUGUGAAAUCUAGCUAAUCUGGGUGCUGUUCACUCUGAAAGUGUGUCUGUUCUGUCACACAGAGAGGGACUGUUCAGUGCCUUAACCUGGAGUCAAACAUUCUGAACACACACACACACACACACGCUCGCACACGCACACAGAGAGAGACACACACAAAUGACCACAUCCUCAGAGAGAGACAUACACACACACACACGCACAGAAAAACACCAACCCACUCCCACAGCACAUUCUGUACAGAUAAAGCACAAAUAUACCUGAGUAGAGCUCGACAGGAGAACAGAACUCUGCUGGGGUCACUAUGUUCUGAAGCCAUGUCUGGAUGCUACUGAACUGUGCUAAGCUGUUUUUGGUCCUUGGCACGCCACAAGUCGCGAGUUUCUGUGCCAAGACGAUACUUGUUAUACAGUACUUGUUUUGUGUCAUUUUUUGAGCUGAGACAGACUAUGUUUUUGAAAGGUCACUUUGUUUCAAGUGGAGGAAGAUAUUAGCGUUUCCUUAACCUGCCUGUAGAUGGUGAUCAAAGCAAAUCUCCCCAUCAACAAGUUCUUAGACUGAUUAUGUGAAUGGUUUGUGACAUGUGAAUGGUUAACAGACACACAGACACACACACACACUGAUGAUCAUCAGGUCAGAGGACUUCCGUGAGCACUUAACCCAGAGACAGAGGCAGUGACAGAGUCAGAGGUAAAGACAGAGUUAGAGGCAGAGAAGGAGAGAGGGAUGGAGAGAGAGGUAGUCUGCGGUCAGAUACAGGUCUGGUUCCUCAAACCCAGAUGAAGCCCAUAGCCUAGGACUGAGAACACCAUCCAAUACCAUCAGGUGCAUGUACUCUAACAGUCAGCUGGUGGAUGUACUAUAACCAGGUACUGUCUCCAGGUCUAUGUACUGUAACCAGGUGGAUGUACUAUAACCAGGUACUGUCUCCAGGUGUUUGUACUGUAACCAGGUACUGUAACCAGGUCUAUGUACUGUUACCAGGUACUGUAACCAGGUCUACUGUAACCAGGUGGAUGUACUAUCACCAGGUACUGUAACCAGGUCUAUGUACUGUGACCAGGUGUGUGUACUGCAACCAGGCACUGUAACCAGGUCUACUGUAACCAGGUGGAUGUACUAUCACCAGGUACUGUAACCAGGUCUAUGUACUGUGACCAGGUGUGUGUACUGUAACCAGGUGUGUGUACUGUAGCCCUGUUCUGUGACAUGACAUCCAAUAAGGGGUUAACACAAUUUUGUAUUCUAGCAUGCGAGCGUGUGCGUGCAUGUGGGUGUGUAUGUGCAUUUGCGGGGUGUCUGUGCGUAUGUGUGUGCGUGUGUUUCUGUGUGUGUGUGUGUGUGCGGUGGCCAAAUAAGUGUCUAGAAGCCUGUUUUGUCCAAAUGUUUGUACUAUAAUGCUACUGAAAGACCCACAGAGACGUAGUGCUUCUGUGCUUUUGACAACAUUUCUGAUUGAAACCAUUUUACAAUGACAAAUAAACCAAAUAUCGGAUGUUCA